AUGAUCCUUGGAGUACUCUUCGUUUACGAACUGGUGGCUGUGGUACCAAUUCACAGAGGAGACAAUCAGCGUGAGGUUGUAGACGACAACGGGAUUGCCGUCCUUGCCGAGGCUGCCGCUCUUCCGUCCAAGCUUCCGGUCACUCUGCUAUAG